GCUGGAACACUGUUGCCUUGGAAACGUAAACAAAGCGGCUGACGGCUGGCAGUGAUUUCUCACAUCCCGCUUACUGGCGCUAAAAACUACCAUUUGAUUCAUUUUACGCACUAACUGACCUGGGCUCAGUUUUAGUCAACAAACUGAGCGACUUUCUUCCUUUUAAAUCCAGCUGAUGGAGCUAAACAGGCGCGUGUCCUCCGCCGGUUACCGGUUACCGGAGAGAUCCACCGGGACAAGGACGACAACCGGCGGGGCACCGGCGGAGAGGACCACCGGACAAGGUUCUGGACAAAACCCGGACCGGAGCGAUGGCUUUAAACGAGACGAGGUGUGGAAGGAGAUGGUCUGGAAGGAGAGGAGAGGCGUCCUGGAGUGGGAGAAGAAUUGGGGCUUUCUCAGGAACUAUGAUCAGAUGGGGCAGCUGAAACCAGAGGAGCCUUUACCCACCUAUGUGUCCCUCUUCUCUGAUCGCUUCCCCAACACCAGCAACCAGAUCUUUGGCAGCAGAAUGUCCACUCCACUGGGGAGGGAACUGGUCCGAUUAGACAGGCUGUUACUCUUUCAAACCAACCAUCACAAGCGCAAGCAGGAUCCAGAAAUGCUGCCGUGAUAGACCCCGCAGGAGCACAGUCGCUGCACAUCUGGACCUCUGUUAGCCGGAUCCUCCAAGCAGGACCGUACUGUGCUCAGCUCAGGGCUUGGCAGUAUGUAAUAAAACUUUGUGAGCUUAGAUGUGAUGUGGAGGGUUUGUUUUAAUCAUCGGUAAAUAUGGAGAAAAAUGCAGACAUCUACUUAGAAGCUAUACUGGAGGCACAGUCUGGGGUGAUAUGAAAGAGCUGUUUACUGUCCUAUAUCUGCUCAUUGACCCUAAAUUGUGUUUAUUAUUAGGUGCUUUUGACCAAAAGAGGCUACAAGCAGCACACAGAAUUUAAUGGUAAAGGCAACAGCAGACCGUUAAAGGCAGGAGAGAGGGGAAGACUCAGAUCACAUUCAUGUCAUCUGAGCUCUAUCAGGGAUUUAAGUAGAUACUUGAUAAUCAAACACAGAGGAGUCAAACUCAUCUUAGUCCAGGUUCCACAUUCAAACCAAUCUGAUCCCCAGUGGACCAGUAAAAUCACAGCAUAAUAACCUAUAAAUGACCACAACUACAAAUCUUUCCUUUGUUUUAGUGCAAAAACGUAUGUUCUGAAAAUGUUCACAUUUAAGGAAUUAUCUUUUUACAAAACAUCACGAACAACCUGAAAUUUCUUAUGAAAAAUAAAUUCAGUUUCAGCAACAUUCAGCCUCAGUUUAUCAUUUCCACAUUACAACUUCCAGAUCACAGAGUGUCUACAAAGGAACACAACAUUUAGUCACAGCUGUCUGGAACUGUAUGAUAUAGUAUUUUACUUUAUGAUCAAAACAACAAAAGACAGACAAAAAAGACAAAAUAUUACAAAAUUGAGACACAAAACAACCAAAAAUGAGACAAAAGACAUGAAACACAACAAAAAAAAGUUAGAAAGCAACAAAAAAUGGACAAAUGACACAAGACAAAAAAUGAGAAAAUCAUGAAACAAAACAAAAGAGAAAAAAAAACUACACAAAAAAGUUAGAAAGCAACAAAAAAUGGACAAACUACAAAAAUUAGACAAAAAAUGACAAAAGCGAGAAACAAAACAACAAAAACAUGAGACAAAUGACAAAAAAAGACAAAAACACAACAAAAACAAGACAAAAUAUUACAAAAACGAGACACAAAAUGACAAAACAACAAUGAGCACUCCACUAUUUUACAGUAUGAUCAAAACAAUUUGUUAAGGUCUAGAAAUUAUUUUAAAUUUAUAGUUUUACUAAUUUACAAUCUGCAGUUAAUGUCUUCUCUGUAACUUUUACACUUUGAGGGCUGGAUUGGACCCACUGGAGGACCGCUUUUGGUCCACGGGCCGCAUGUUGGACACCCCUGAUCUAACAGGAAACCUGAUCAAAUCUGGAUGACUGAAAAGUUGUAUCACUUCUUUUCUCUAUUGAACAGUGUCAGAGGGAAAAUGAGCAGAAGCAGGUUAGAAGCAGGUUGUGGAUCCUUGAACAAAAAACACAGAGCAGAGUUUAAAACAGCUCGAAUAUCAGAAUUAACCAGGUGAGAAUCUGAUGCUAUGUUUUAUUUUGGUAAUAAAAAUUGCUGGUGUUUUUUAUUCCUGAAAUGUCUGUUACACUUAUUGUUUCAUGCUUCUGGGAUAUAAGCCAUCGUUUUAUGAAGGAGUCAGUUUGUUUUCCUGAUCUGAUGUAGCGUCUAUCUAUCUGCACUUUGAGUGAACUGCAGCUUAUCUCAGGUUUUUGUUCUGAUGUUGCUGCUUUAAUAAGCUAUUCAUUAUAUUGUUAUGUGAUUAAAAAGUAAAAAACAGUGCCCCUUGUCUAAAUCUGAAUAAAAAUGUUGUUUCCCACUGAAUUAAAAAAAGCACAUUAUUUUGAAAUGAUUACAUGAUUUGGAUUUUGCUUUGUCAUGUGACUCUAUGUCAGCGCCUCACUGGAAUAAAGGCUUUGCAUUUUAAA